GAUAAUAGCUGUCAAUCCUUGAGGGCCGCAGUUUUACGCGACGUAAUCAACUUGAAGCUUUUGACGGAAUGCUCUGACUGAGCCUGGAUUGCCAUCACUGAAGCCUCUACAGUAAUUUCAGAAGUUGGGGUCGCCUAAGGCUCCACCAACGCGCCCAGAAGGCACAUGCACGCUUCUCGAUUUGCCGCGAAGUCGCCCUUAGUCCCCGCGAGCUCGCCAAUGGCAGCACCCAUGCGAGCUCUUGGCUCUGGCGUACCGCGGGUGGCUCGGGCCGGUGUGGCCAGGGGCCCGGCACCGCUGAAUUCCUUUUGGCGUUCUUACGGCUGGGGCGCUGAAAAGACGAAGGAAUCUCAGUUUACUUUUGACGACCACCAAGCGAUCUUCGAGGGCCGCACCACGCCGGACCUGCUCAAGUCGCUGCUCGUGCUGCGGCUGUGCUCCACGCCCUCCUUCGUGGCCUCGGCGGAGGGCCUGCUCGCCAAUGCCCGGCGUGUGAUGGGCGACAGCACCGCCCUCAGCUUCGUGCGCACCACCUUUUACCAGCAUUUCGUGGCCGGCAAGGACUCGGGCGACGUAUGGGGCCGCAUGAACACGCUGCGUGCGAACGGCGUGGGCGCUAUCCUGGACUAUGCCGAAGAGGAGGACCUGCUCACCGCCUGCAAGCAGCCCGCGCCGCCCGCCACCAAGGCGUCGGCUGGCGCGGCUGCGGGCGGCGCGGCGCAGGUGUCUGCCCGCGACCCCCUGGGCGGCGAGUCGCUGAUUGAGUCGGGUGUGGCAGCGAGGACGUACACGUUCCAGGACGACGCCACGUGCGAGUUGCGCACACAGGCCUUCCUGGCGGCCAUUGACACCGCCGCCACACUGCCCGGCCAGGGCUUCGCGGCCAUCAAGCUCACAGCCCUGGGGGACCCCGCGCUGCUGGAGCUCCUGGCCUCGGCUCUGGACGCAGUGAAGGCCCUGUUUCGGCGCUAUGACAGCAACGGUGACGGCUUUGUCACGCGGCAGGGCUUCCUGGAGGCCUUCGAGCGCAUCGAGAAGGCGCAGGGCCGCAGCAGCACAGGGGCGGAGCGCAACGAGAUGUGGGCAUGGCUGGACCCGGCCGGCGACGGCCGCGUCGACUACGUGACCUGGGCCAGCCGCCUGGACCUACGCCGCCUGCCUGACAUGGCCGCCAGCCUUAGGCAGGAGCUGGAGUCGCAGACCGACGCCCGUGGACGGCAGUGGGAGAUGUCGGCUGAGGAGCUGCGGCAGCUCGAGGCGCUGUUUGGGCGGCUGCAGCGGCUGGUGGCGCAGGCCGUCAAGAAGGGCGUCAAGCUGAUGAUUGACGCGGAGCAGAGCCACCUGCGCCCCGCCAUCGACCACAUCGGCCGCGAGCUGAUGCGCGAGCACAACAAGCCCGUCAGUGCGGGCGGCGAGGGCGCCGUCAUCUUCAUGAGCUACCAAUCCUACCUGCGCGACGUGGAGCUGCGCCUGCAGCGAGACCUGGAGCGGGCGGAGCGGCAGGGAUACGUGCUGGGGGCCAAGCUGGUGCGGGGCGCCUACCUGCACCUGGAGCGCCGCCGCGCAGCCCAGGCCGGCACCGCCUCGCCUGUGUGGGACCACAUGAGGGAGACCACCGCCGCCUUCGACGGCUGCCUGGACACGCUGCUGCGCGGGGUGCAGGCGGGGCGGGCGGAGCUGAUGGUGGGCACGCACAACCGCAGCAGCGUGGAGGGCGUCAUCGAGCGCAUGAACAAGCUGGGCCUGGAGCCGGAGGAGGCGCAUGUGUACUUCGGCCAGCUCCUGGGCAUGGCCGACAACAUCAGCUUCACGCUGGGACAGCACGGCUACAAGGUGUUCAAGUACUGCCCCUAUGGCCAGGUGGACAAGGUGAUCCCCUACCUCAUGCGUCGCAUUAACGAGGCGCAGUACACACGCAAGGGCGGCAAGGAGGACGCGGCGCUGCUUCUGGAGGAGCUGAUGCGGCGGCUGCGCGACCCGGCGCACUCGCCCAUCGCGCGCAUCUUCAGCACCGCCUCCUCCUAAGGAUCGCCAUGUGUCCCGCUCUGAUGACCGUGUGCUGUCGUGAAUGCGAGGCUUUGCGGCGUGCGGCUAUGGAUACGGCGCUGGUUUGCAAUAGUUCAUGGCUGCGGCGGCUGCGGGGGCCACUGCGUCGAGGCUGAUGAGGCUGGGGCUACUGCUGCCGUCGCUUUCGCAUGCCGUAGGCGCGAAGUGCUGUGCGGGUGAAUCACAACGAAGCUAAAGGCAUGCUGUGCAUACUGACACACGAGAAGUGUGCGCGGCAUGGAGUGCGCACGGAAUGGGACGCGUGAUCCUUGUGUAGGAAUUCUUUACAUGCAGUCGGUACGAACGCGGUCUUAAUUUAUAGGUGAGCAAAAGCGCAUUAUGUGUGUUGCAUUCGAACUUAUCUGGGGCAAACGUACGUGGGGCGUACGUAUGGACAACCGUGGAUGCGGGGGGGGGGGGUUGAUUGGCUGAUUGCUCUUUCAUGUUGGAGCUCAGGGUGGGAGCUCGUGAAUGCGAUAGCACAAGAAGGGACAGUCCAACGAAGGAGCUCGUGGCAGCAGCGCUGGAGUGCCGUAACUGUGAUGCUGGCUCGUGAACUGCGUCAGCAGGUCCCUCUUGUAACCAAUGCAAUCU